CUUCAGAAAAUGCAUGCAUCGAAAUUUGACGGACCGGAAAGUUGCGGUCGCCGGCUAGAGCUAGGGGGCUAGGCUCGGUUUGUAUACUUUCAUACAUGUCAUAACAUUCAGUGCGACAGGUUGUUUGCAAGGGAACAACUUCCGCUCCAUGCUUUGUCAAAAAUUCGCUGUUGGUGAGUCUGUUGGUCCACCCAUGCCAGGUUACGGAUGUAUGUAGAUAGGAACCAUGGCAGGUUGCUGCAGUUGCUGUAAACCAGGGCAGCAUCAGUCUUACAUUGCUACAGCUGAAGGACCUGAUCACACUGAUCCAAGCCAGGUUCAAGUGAACUUUGACACGAACAAUGAUGCAGUCACAAGUCAGGUCCAAAAGAAGAGUCACGGUGGAUUUAGAGCUCAGCUGACACGACUUGGCACAAAGAAUCCAGAGAGCAUUGAGCUUGGUGGUAUUGGCUACAUGCGGCAGUCUUCUCGCUAUGACUUGGGAUUCACCAAGGACUAUCUGAGCGGCAGCAUCAAGUUCUCACACUCACAUAAAGCUCACCUCAAAUACACAAAGAGCAAGUACAUGGCCAUUCAGCCGGAUGAAGUCCCAGAUGUCGUCGUAGAAGCUCUAGCCAAGAAGUGGAAUCUUGAGUUCCCUAAGCUGCUGAUCAGCAUCCUAGGCGGUGGGGAGGAGGUGGUCCAUGUCAACCAGGCCAUGAAGAAGGCCUUCUGCAAGGGACUUGUGGAGGCUGUGCUAAGCACUGAUGUGUGGCUGUUCACCGGUGGUCUCAACUGUGGCAUGAUGAAAACGGUCGGCCAGGCGUUGACCAACUAUGCUAUUGGCCGAGCAAUGGUCAAACACCGCGACGUGGUGGCGGUGGGCGUGGCACCAUUAUGCAUCCUCAGCCAGAAGGACAAGUUGCUGGGUUCAGAGAGAAGACCAGUCAAGUACAACAUGGACCAGGACAGUGACGACAGUGCCGAUGAAGAUGACAAUGCCACUGAUCAUGACAGUCGAGAUGACGCCAGUUCCCCCAGCUAUCAUCUGGAUCCCAACCACACCCAUUUCAUCCUGGUGGGGGACGUGCAUUCCAAGCCGGGCGACGAGCUCACGAUGAGGAACGCACUGGUCCACAACAUCGCCAGGUGCAAGAUCAAAGGGAGUAACGCAACCGUGCCUGUGCUGCAUGUGGUCUUUGGUGGUGAUUACUCAGUCUUCCAGACCAUUCAUGAUGCAGUCACCAAGCAUCAGAUCCCGGUCCUGGUCAUUCCUGACACCGGUGGGGCAGCUGAUGUGCUGACGUUUGCUAUAAACAAGAGGGCCGAGGCUGGAGAAGAAAACAUUGCCUUCGAUGUCAAAAUUACCCACGAGAUAAGGAUGAAGCUUGGUUUGGAUCCUAAAUGCUUUGUGAAGACCAAGGACCUCAUUAAAGGGAUCAUCAAAAGGCGUCAUCUCAUCAACGUCUAUAAUCAAGAUGUCAGAAUUGACGAAGCCAUAUUGCGAGCUCUCAUGAAUGCCAACCGCGGGUGUAAAGGCCAGGACGACCUCCAUCUUGCUGUGAUCUGGAACCGGAUAGAUCUGGCCAAAAAAGAACUUCUCGCACACCGGAAAUGGAAGGCAAGUGAGUUGAGGGACUCCUUGUACUAUGCCCUGGUCAACAACCAGCCAAAGUUUGUCAAGCUCUUCAUUGCUGAGGGAAACAUUGACUUGAAGAAGUUCCUGUCAACAGAGAUGCUUGUUGAUCUGUACAACGAGACCAAGGAUGAGUCUUCUGUCCUAUACAGUCUCCUUGACAAGCAGAGAGUGAAAAGGCAUUACAGGGGUGGUUAUCGGUUCUCACUGACGGACGUCAGCCAUGUGCUGAAGGAACUCAUCUUUGACACCUAUGACUACAGCACAAGCCAUUUCUACGAUGGCAAGGCUUGUUUCAAUGAACCUCUCCAUGAGCUCUUUAUAUGGGCUGUCCUGCUGCAUCGCUUCCGUUUGGCCAAGUUGUUUUGGAAGCGAGGCAAGCCGUCAAUAGGGGGCGCCCUCCUGGCUAGUACGAUCCUGAAGGCAUUGUCUGAAUUGCAAAGGCUGGACUCGCAAGAGUCCGCAGAGAUGCACACACAUGCCAAGAUGUUUCAGAAGAUGGCCAUUGAUUUCCUCAACCUGUGUUAUGUAGACGACAGACACCGCACCUCCCUCCUCCUCGUUCGCAACCUGCCGGACUGGGGUAAUUCCACCUGCCUGGACCUUGCUGCUGCUGCCCGUAGCAAGCAAUUCAUUGCCCACGCUGCGGUGCAGAACCUACUCAAUGAACUGUGGAUGGGUAGGCUGUCACGACGUACAAGCGUUUUCAAGAUCUGGUCAUGCAUAUGUUUCCCGAUAGCAGUCCCCUUUGCGAUAACUUUCAUGUCCAAAGAUGACCCAACUGUGCCAGCCAAGAAGAUGUUAGAGCAUCAGCUAUCAGAUGGAGAUGCAGGCAAUAACGAAUCCCGUGAAGAUAUCUCAAGUCCCCUGAAAUCCAGUAAAACCACCAAAGACAUCCACCAGACGCCUCCUGUCGAGGAAACCGAUGACUGCAUGAGUGUGAAGACAUACAUGACGCAUGCCACCCACAGGCAGCAUCAUAACAAUGGCUACUCGUGGUGGUACAAGUUGAAGCUGUUCCACGAAGCUCCUGUCAUUAGCUUCCGCAUCAACAUGAUAGCGCAUUUUGUGUUUCUGGGACUGUUUAGCUACAUCCUCCUGUCCAACUUCACAGAAAAGAUCUCUGUCUAUGAAAUGGUUCUCAUCGGAUGGGUUUUCACGCUCUUCACAGAGGAGGUGCGACAGAUUUUUCAAGAGGACUACCACACGUUGUACCAUCGCUUUGAUGCCUGGCUGUGGGGCUACUGGAACUGUGUUGAUCUCCUGUCGCUAGUGAUGUUUGCCGUGGGUCUUGGGCUUCGGUUUCACCCAGUCACAUUGGACGCCGCCCGGAUUGUUCUGGCCCUGGACCUGAUUGUCUUCUACCUCAGGAUUCUCCACAUCUUCUCGGCCAGCAAGCUCUUGGGCCCCAAACUCAUCAUGAUCGUCAGAAUGCUGGUGAUUCUGGUGGCUUUCUUGGCUAUUCUGAUGGUCUUCAUGAUAGCCUUUGGGGUAGCUUGUCAGGCCAUUCUCUUCCCUAACAGCCAGGACCUGGCCAGCAUCAUCAAGGGUGUGUUCUACCAGUCUUACUUUCAGCUGUAUGGCGAGCUGUUCCUAGAGGACAUUGAUGGUGUAGACUGUGCCGUCGAGAAUGCAGACAGUUCUAUGCAGCGUUGCCCUCAGCAUUCCUGGUUUGGGACCAUCGUCCUUGCAUUUUACCUCUUCACCAGUAACAUUCUACUUCUUAAUCUUCUCAUCGCAAUGCUCAAUUACACCUUCCAGGCUAUUCAGGAUAACACAGAUACCUUUUGGAAGUUCCAACGCUACCAGUUAGUCAAGGAGUAUUAUCAGCGCCCUUCCGUCGUGCCACCGUUGAUCAUAGUGGUUCAUGUCUACCAGAUGGUACGAUGGGCCUGGGACAAGUGUUUCCCUGGACAUAAACUCUACAGGUCCCUCAAUCUGAUGAAGAGGGAGUUGCGGCAGGACAAGCAGAUUGAGAUCUCAACAUGGGAGGAGGUGAAAGGUGAAGACUAUUUGGCAGAGAUGAAGCGACAAGCUCAUCAGGAAUCCAACAAGCGAAUAAAACAAACUGAUGAGAGGCUUGAGGCUUUGUCAUCCAAAAUGACCAUAUACUUUCAAGGUGGGAAGCUUAACAAAGCGAUGGAAGGACGCUUUAACAUCAUGGAAGCACAGAUUGCCAACGUGGAGCGACUGGUCAAAAGUCUGAGUGGUGCCGGCAUGUCAUCGGACACUAGCGAUAGCGCACAUCAGUCCUCAAGUCAUUUGCAGGUCCUAAGACAUCACCCAGAAUCCUACCCACUGAUAAAAAGCAAGUCGGCAACUAUAAGAUGAAAUAAUGAGCCUACAGAAAACAGAGAUGCUGUUAUGUACAUGUAUUUCAAGACCAUAGCAAGAAGAGGAAAGAAUUCUUCAAGUUGCUCUCUUCCGGUGUUUUUUCCCCAUUUCACCUCAAAAAAUAAAUGUUGGUUAUUAAGCCAUUAGCAGCUGUACUACAUUGUAUUACAUUUUAUCUAUUCACUGAAGAAUCCAUCAAACUAUGUUUGGGCGGUUUGAUGCGCUACAGGAAGUUAUUGAAAAUUGAGGAUUGAAACUGUCCUCGAUAGAACAAAAACGUUUUUUUCCCCAUAAAGUAAAGCAUACAAAUUGACAAAAAUAUCAGUAGAAACCAAAUCAAUUAUUAGUUUAAUAGCACGGGUAAAGCAACAUCAAGGGCCAAAGUGUCAAUUGUAAUAUUGAAAUUAUUAAAGAAGUCAUCCUUCCAUUUUUUUAAAGUGAAAUUAUACCCUUUCAGUUGGAAUUACUGCUAUACUAAAAUCUGUUGUUUUGUGACUUUGGUCUGGGGGGGGGGGGGGUAUUGGUCCGGGUAUUCUGAAAUGUGUUCUAGUUGUUGGGUUUUUUUUUUCUCUAAAAGGUGUUUACCAUAAAAUGAUAAUAGUUGGAAAGAUCAGUAAAAGGAAGAAUACAAAUGAGCACACAACUAUAUCUUGACCACUUGCAGUUUUCCUGUUAUUAGGGUAAAUGAAUUUAUGGAUACAAAAUUUGUUUCUCAAAGAUUUAGCUGUGGGAGUGUGUAAUAGUCGCACAUGUAUCACAUGUAUCAUAUUUCGAAAAACUUAGGUUACUUGACAUGCAUUAUGUGCAAUUGACGCUUAUUUGAUGUACAUGGUGAGUUAAACAAAAAGUGGAAUCCAAGCCCCCCAAAAUACAUUUCAUAUUUAGAAACAUAUGUAG